AGGACAAGUUCUUAGGAGGCCCAGUGGGGCUCCCAUUGGCCCGGGUUCCCCUCUGCAUCUUCAGGUUAUCCCUGAGAUCCCUCUAACCUUGACAUUCUUGUUCGUUUUAAGUCUCCUGUCCGACUUUAUUUUGUGAUGACAGGACUCUCAUACUGAUCAUGGCAGAUUUCUUCAGGCUAUGUCCUGAUUUCAGAUUUAGUAACUAUUCAAGCAGUGGUCUGGUGAUUGGCAAGAGUAACUAAUGGUGUUGGAUUGGUAUAGAUGCUUAUUUCAUGGAUUUGGACCUGCCCUUGCUAUUGUGGCAAAGAGAAAGUUUUUGAAACACUGAAACCCGCAAAGCUGAAUUUAUUUCACAAGGGAGUGGUCAUUUUGGUGGGAAUCUACUUUGUUCUCUUAACUCCCAGGUUGCUCCCCUCUCAGCCCAUCUUUUCAUGUAUCUAAAGAUGGAAUAUGCUAGAUUGAUUCCUGCCUUCUUCCCCCAGGUCAAGCACAGCACCAGAUGGGCGCUCCUGUGUCCCGCUGCAGGAAAGUCAUUCUGACCUUGGCUUAGCUAAAAGCCCCUCACCCCAGGACUCCAGGCGGCAGCAGUGAACAGUUUGUAGGAUGGAUCUCAGCUAUAUACUCCAGCAUCUCAGAUGAGCAAAUACUGUGAACCAUGACAAUUGUGAAGAAAUCCAGGAGCCAGGACCUUGAAUAGAAGUAAACACUGUGGUCUCAGCCCAGCCCACUUAGGGACAGAUGAGCAGCGAUAUCUGUGUCCACUCCUGGCCCUGCUCCUACUACUUGGACUUUGAGAAGCGAUGGGUCCCUGGGAAACUGUCCCUGACACCACGCUCAUUGAAGUUCAGCACAGAUGGAACUGGAGAAGCCCUCCUUGGCUUACCCCUCUCCAGCAUCACAGAGAUCAGAAAGGAAGCAUCACACUUUGUUUUCAGUGCUGUCACUAUCCUCGAGGAGAGCCACCGGAAGCACUGGUUCAGCUCCCUGCGACCCAGUCGCAAUGUUGUCUUCAAUGUCAUUGAGCACUUCUGGAGGGAGCUGCUGCUGUCCCAGCCUGGUGCUGGUGCUGAUGCAAACACCUCCCUCAAGACCAGGGGGCAGGAGCUGACGGCUCUGAUGGCAGGCUCCCAGAGGCGUCUAGAAGACACGGCAAAGGUACUGAACCACCAGGGCGAGCAGCUGGACAGUGUCAUGAGAGGCCUAGAGAAGAUGGAGUCAGACUUAGAUGUGGCUGAUCGGUUAUUGACAGAACUGGAGUCCCCUUCCUGGUGGCCCUUCAGUUCCAAGCUUUGGAAGACACCAGCAGAAGCAAAGCCCAAGGAGGGCACCUCCAUAGCGGGUUGUGAGCCUUUUGGAAAGGAAGGGGUUGUGAUCAAAAUCCCUGCCGUUAUUUCCCAAAGAACAGAAUCUCACAUGAAACCAGGAAGGCUUACCCUCUUGGUUUCUGGCUUGGAAAUCCAUGAUUCCAGCUCUCUGCUUCUGCACAGGUUCGAGAGGGAAGAUGUAGAUGACAUUAAGGUCCACUCACCUUAUGAAGUCAGCAUACGCCAGCGGUUUAUUGGGAAGCCAGAUGUGACUUAUCGAGUGAUAUCUGCCAAGAUGCCAGAGGUCAUUCCCAUUUUAGAAGUACAGUUCAGCAAGAAGGUUGAGCUUCUGGAAGACGCCUUAGCGCUUAGAAGCACAGGAGCCACCAAUGCUGCAGAGAGGAGUUGCUCUGUCUGGCGUGCAGCAUCCGGGCUGAUGGGCUGUUCCAUGCACCACGAGCAACCCACAGGAGACCAGGAGGGCAGACGGCUGCAGCUGCAGAGGAGACAGCCCUUCCUUUCUGACAGGGAAGCCCAGGAGCUGACACAGAUCCUGAGCAAGCUGAAAGGACUGGCGCUGGACACGGAGACAGAACUGGAGCGGCAGGAUGAAGCCUUGGACGGCAUCACCGCAGCCGUGGACCGAGCAACCUUGACUGUGGACAAACAUACCCGGCGCAUGAGAAAGCUGACUUAGCAGGAUGGGACAUGGGCCGCGGAGCUGCCGUGUCCAGCUUCCCACGCCCUUCGUAUGGACCUGGGCAGCUGCGAUGGGCCGCCUAGAGCACCGCACUCGGGAAGGGCCCCCAGGACGCUGUAGCAUGUGGCCGGGCCCUCUGAGGCCUAGGCCGUGAACACCGGGUGACCCCGAGAUCUCAGUCUUCACACUUGGGCCUGGCCGGGGCCCAGUUGUCCAACAUGAAUAUGGUCACAUUUUUGUCUUUUCACCGUUCUCACCGAGCAUUAGAGAAACCUGUAAGUCCUCUUGAAGGAAGUAGGAGACUCAGCCUAGCCCUGUCCUGUCUGAGCCCCACAGGCAUGCUCUACCAGCAACACACAAACUCCUCCUGCUCAGCCACAGCGGCACCCACCCACACCUUGCUGUCUUCUCUGGUCAGCCAUCUUCUUUGUGCAUGUUUGGACAUUUACCCCGAAGCUCUACAGAAACACUUCCACCAUGCUACCAGCAGAAGGUUGAUCUCUGAUUUUGCUGCUAUCCAGAAAUAAAAGGAAAGUUCUGAUUUU